AUGGGGCUUCCAACUACCAAGCACCGACCCACCGACAGCUCCCCGGCGACCUCACCCCUAAGCAGCCAUCUGCCUACCGAGAUCCUCACCUCUAUCGUAAAUGAGCUGGACCCCGUCGACGACCGCCCGACCCUUCUCAGCCUUCUGCGUGUCUCAGAGACUGUCUGGGAGGUGGCCGCGCGUCACUUGUAUCGUUCCAUUACGCUGAGUGACCUUCAACUCUCUCGGAUUGUCAACAGAAUCAACCAACGAAAACGAACGUGCCUCGGAUUCGUGCAUCGCCUUACGCUCUCCCCUCCUCCCAAGGACAAGAUAUUGGCAAAGGUUUACAAAGCUGCCGGUACCGAUGGGAUACCACUGUUCCCCAACGUGCGCCGCCUCAUCCUCGACGAUCAGUUCCCUCUGGGCGGAUCGGAUCGCAAGUACGGCCUGACGCCAAACGUCAAGCGCCUAGCCGAGCCAGGUGUCCUUCUCUUUGACGCCCCCGACGUCUGUGUCCGAGGCCGCACGUGGUCUCAAGAUCGUCUCGAGUAUCUACCUUGCAGAAGUAUCUCAUCGUCCAACCUCACUGUGCACUCUGGAGAGCUGAACUGGGUCUGGGAGUCGGCACUACCCCGCCCGUAUCGCACUCUAUCCUUCUACUGGGCGACGGCUGGUUAUGAAGAUGAGUGGAAAAUCGGAUAUGUCGCGCGUUUCGACAACGAUGCGUCACUUUGGGCAAUCGACCUACCCAUUGUGAUCUACGCAAAUACUGGAACAUCGAAGGAAGAAGGCUCGACAGAGCGCAAAGUCAUGCGCCGACUCGCCCGAAAUCGCACCCGCAUCAAUCUCGAAGACAAGGGGCAGGUGAGGAUUGCGUUCAAAGCAAGCCCCCCGCCGUGUAGGGUGUGUGGCGGCACUUGGGAGAGGUAG